AUGGAAAAGCUCUACUUCGGUUCUGCAACCGAUAAUCCAGAGCUCACUGAUGCCCAAUACUGUACUCUCUUGAGCAACACCAAAGAAUUCGGACAAAUCACUCCUGGGAAUAGUAUGAAGUGGGAUGCUACAGAGGGCACAAGGAACACUUUCACUUUCGCUAAGGAUGAAGCAAUCUUAGCACUCGCCGAAAGGAACGGUCAAAAGGUCCGAGGACAUACAUUAGUCUGGCACUCCCAACUUCCUAUCAGCAACGGUGGCUUUGACAAUGCAACCCUAAUCUCCAUAAUGGAAAACCACAUCACAGAGGUAGUGAAAAAGUGGAAAGGCCGAAUCCUUCACUGGGAUGUGCUGAACGAAAUCUUCAACGAGGAUGGCACUUGGAGGUCAUCCGUUUUCUACAAUACCAUCGGUGAAGCCUUCCCGGGGAUCGCCUUCCGCGCUGCCCGGGCUGCGGAUCCGUCCGCGAAGCUAUACAUCAACGACUACAAUAUCGACGGCACCGGAGCAAAGUCCACGGCGAUGUACAACCUGGUCAAGAAGCUUCUCGCUGAGGGCGUACCCGUGGACGGGAUCGGCGUGCAGGCUCACUUGAUCGUCGGCAACGUGCCGAGCACGAUGCAGAACAACUGGGCGCGGUUCGCCUCGUUGGGUGUAGAUAUUGCCAUCACUGAGUUGGGUAUUCGCAUGACGUUUCCGGCGGACGCGGCGGGGUUGUCGCAGCAGGCUGAUGAUUAUAAGAAUGUUGCUACGGCAUGCAUUAAUGUGCCUAGGUGCAUCGGUAUUAGUAGGUUUCACCCAUAUAAAUACUCGUGGAUUCCCGCGAUCUUUCCCGGUCAGGGCGCUGCGCUUCCUUGGGACGAGGACAUGGUUGUGAAGCCGGCAUAUGCGGCUAUCGCUGGGGCGCUUACCUAAGUUGGUUGCUAGAGCUUUGACUAUUUGGGAAUAGAAUUGUAAGGAUUGGUGUGAUAUUAAAAGAAUUUUAA